AUGAUCACGCCGGCUAAGAAGCAGGGACAAGACCAAAGGAGAGGGAAGAUCUAUAAAGUCCACAGCACCUGCCCAUGUGCAACACUCUCUUUCCUCUCCAUCACACUCUCUGACACAUCAACAGCGAAGACAAUAAUUAACUUAACUACAAAGAGCUCUCUUCACAAACAGCCUGUCUUCAUCACGCUCGCCAAAUUCAUCCUCCUCGCCCUCUUCAGCGCCAUCGCUGUCAACAGCUUCGUCGUCCCCGAAGGCACGGCCGACAGCCUCUACUACAAAACCUACGACGAAGCCGACAACAAGGUGCUCAUCCCCAUUAUCGAUGCCUCUAGAGGCAACAUUGCCCGCGAUCUCGCCAAUCUGAGCGACAGCUCCACCGCCCCCCGCUCUGAGCUUGAAGUCGCCCCGGCCAAGUCCGUCAAGCGCCAGAGGUCUGGCUGUGGCACCCGCUACAACCUCGCCCAUGGCGACUGCGACCUCGCGUACGAGAGACUCAAGGAUACCUGCGGCAAUGGUAUUGUUAUCGGUAGGAACAGUGCUAUUUCUGCCGUUGCAGGCAGUGUCGUUUCGUACAUGUGUACUCAUAGCAACCGUGAUGGUGUUUGA